AUGAGAAAUGGUGCCUCCCAGAUAGCGAAUCGAUUGGCAAGGGCCAGUCGAAGCUGUCGGCUGGCAACGCCAUCUCAUACUAUUCGAUGCCUGUCCACAGCCCCCCAGAGGCAAUGGUCAACGCCACUCUCAAAGACCAUUGCCGACGCCAUUAACACUACGGGACCGGUCUCUAUUGCUGCGUACAUGCGGCAAUGCCUGACAUCCCCAGAAGGUGGCUACUAUACAUCUCGAGGAUCGGUCGGAACCGAAGUGUUUGGGCGACGGGGGGAUUUUGUUACCUCCCCCGAGAUUUCUCAGAUGUUUGGAGAGUUGCUGGGCGUCUGGACAGUAACGGAAUGGAUGGCACAGGGAAGACGGAGUAGUGGCGUUCAAUUGAUCGAGGUGGGCCCCGGCCGGGGCACACUCAUGGCUGAUAUGCUUCGGUCUGUUCGAAAUUUCAAAGCCUUUGCUUCAAGUAUCGAAGCUGUAAACCUCAUCGAGGCAAGUCCAACGCUUCGCGAAAUACAGAAACAAAUGCUCUGUGGUGAUGCACCGAUGGAGGAUCUGGAAUUUGGCUAUCGGAGCACAAGCAAGCACCUAGGUGUUCCAGUUAUAUGGACGGAGCAUAUACGAUCACUCCCGCAAAGCGAUAACGAUGUACCUUUCAUCAUUUCCCAUGAGUUUUUUGACGCCCUCCCUAUCCAUGCAUUCCAAUCUGUUGCGUCGCCGGCACCAAACACCAUAAACACUCCUACUGGGCCUGCAACACUCCACCAACCCUUACUCUCAAGCCCAACUCAGUGGAGAGAAUUAGUCGUAUCAGUUAACCCGGCAACUGAGGCGCAUGUUGAAAAUAGGUUAGAAUUCAGGCUAUCACUCGCAAAGUCAUCGACUCCUGCUUCACUGGUAAUGCCUGAAAUGUCCGACCGUUACAAGGCUCUAAAGGCGACACGAGGAUCUACAAUUGAGAUAAGCCCUGAGAGUCAGGCUUAUGUGCAAGAAUUUGCGCGUCGCAUUGGAGGGUCCGUGAGUGGGAGCCAAACGAGGAAGCCGGCUGGCGCCGCCUUGAUUCUGGAUUAUGGCCCGUCCCAUUCGAUACCCGUCAACUCGUUACGUGGUAUUAAGGACCACAAACAAGUUUCGCCAUUUGCUUCACCUGGUCAGGUAGAUUUGAGUGCCGAUGUAGAUUUCAUCGCUCUUGCCGAUGCUGCAAUUAGUGCUAGCCCUGGUAUUGAAGUUCAUGGGCCUACAGAACAGGGAAGUUUCUUACAGGCUUUGGGUAUUUCAGAAAGGGCAACGCAAUUAAUUAAACGUGCUGAGGAUGUGGAGAGAAGAAGAAACAUUGAGACCGGAUGGAAACGGCUGGUUGAGAGGGGAGGGGGUGGUAUGGGACGGAUCUAUAAGGCCAUGGCGAUAGUCCCUGAGGCCGAAGGUACAAGAAGGCCCGUUGGCUUUGGUGGCCAGGUUAUAGCCUAA